ACGCCAGUCGACGCCGGGCGUCCCGACAGAGCGGCCCGCCGAGCAUCCGGAGCUAGUCUUAGCGAACCGCGUCCUCGCGUUCUCGCCGCGUGUCUGCGAGCCUCUCCGGAGAGAUUUCUACGGCCGCAACGGACGAUAUACUUUAUCGAUUCUCAGGGUUGCAAGAGCGAGCGCGCUCCUGGAGGCAGCCGCGUUUCCGCCCCGUUUCUAGACGCGAACGAUGUUCAGGACGGACUUGAUUUUUUACAAAAUUUUGACCCUGUAACGUGUAAGCGAAAGUAAUAAAAAGUGGGACUGGAAUUUGCUGCGGGAAAAAAUACGCGCCGGGACUUGUAAUUUGAAAAAAACUACUCGAACAACACUGUCGAAUAAAGUUAAACGUUCGGUGGUGUUCUUCGGCAUCGAUGCUCAACGGUCGGAGGGAGGAAACAGCGUCGAGGGUGCCGGUUCUUCUUGAUCCGAGUGCAGUGCCGAGAUCCAACUGACGCGAUGCCGGAGCCAGGAUUCAAGGACUGUGGUAGCCGAUCAGACAGGACCCGGCGUCCCGAAUUCCGUCUGGGACUUGUUAUCAGGGUACCGAAGAUGGCGCAGAUCUGCUUCGUCGUUAGUCUCAUCCUGCAGAUCCUGAGGAUCGGACAAUUGGCCGCUGCAGCUACCACUGCACCGACUUCCGAUCCAGAAUUCACAGAUUCGAUCGAGAACAUAACAGUGCCGGCUGGUAGAAACGUGAAGCUGGCCUGCAGCGUGAAGAAUUUAGGCUCUUACAAGGUUGCUUGGAUGCACUUCGAACAGAGCGCGAUACUGACGGUGCACAAUCACGUGAUAACGAGGAACCCGCGUAUUUCGGUAACGCACGACAAACACCGUACCUGGUUUUUGCACAUAAGCGACGUCCACCAGGAGGACAUGGGAAGGUACAUGUGCCAGAUAAACACGGUCACGGCGAAGACGCAGUUCGGCUACCUCCACGUCGUAGUACCACCGAACAUCGACGACUCCUUGAGUUCAUCGGACGCCAUAGUCAGAGAAGGUGCCAACGUCAGUCUGACUUGCAAGGCGACCGGAAGUCCACCGCCAAGCAUACGCUGGAAACGGGACGACGGAUCGAAGAUAUCGAUAAGCAAAAACCUCGUCGGUAAGGAAGUGUCCGAAUGGGAAGGAGACACCUUGGAAAUGGCCAGAAUCUCGAGGCUAGACAUGGGCGCCUACCUCUGCAUAGCGAGCAACGGGGUUCCACCAACAGUGAGCAAGAGGAUCAAAGUAUCAGUAGACUUUCCGCCGAUGCUGUGGAUACCUCAUCAGCUAGUCGGAGCACCCCUCGGCUACUCGGUGACCCUCGAGUGUCACUCCGAGGCACACCCGACAUCCCUAAACUACUGGACCCGCGAGGACGGACACAUGAUUCACGACAGCGAGAAACACAGGGCGGUUACUCUUCCCGACAAACCGUCAUACAAAACUCACAUGCAGUUGACCAUUCACAGUUUAACGAAAGAUGAUUUCGGCACCUAUAAAUGCGUGGCGAAAAAUCCACGAGGUGAAACGGACGGGACUAUUCGUUUGUACAUCUCGGACCCACCCAGCACAAGCCCAAGCCCAGUUACGACCGAGUUGUCCAGAAAAGACUGGGACUCGACGGCGGAGCUGAACAACUCGGUUUACGGGAAUCCGAGCUCUCUGACAAUCCACAACGAAAAGGGAGCGAAAGUGGGAAGCAAGUUCCAAUCAAAUCUGAACGAGAUCGACAAGUCCGAGCAAAAAUCAAGCGACUCCGACAGAAAGAGAAACUCAAAGUGGCCAUCGGAUGACAACGGUGGCAGUGGAGCGGAGCUCGCGUCCAGUCUGGCUCUGCUGUAUUUGGGUGCGGCAGGAUUGCUAGCGGUCCGAUAAACGCGGCCGUAAUUAACGAAUUAUCCGUAAUCAUAUACGCAAUAUUAUAUAUAUUGACAGAUAACAAAAUACAUAUUAAAAAUAAAACAUGUUUACUGCCCAAUAUUGUAAUAUUACACGAACUCAAUUUGAAACAUUACAAAAUGAAUAAUAAAAGAGAACGCGAAAUUAUUAUAAUAUAAAUAUAACAAAAAAAAAAAAAAGAAAAUUGUGAAGACUGACUGAGUAGCUAGUGCCGUUUAAAGUUAUAAGACAAAACUAGAUAAAAGAAAAAAAAAAAACAUUCAAAUAAACGAAAAACGAGAUACAAGAUAAAAACCAAAAAGAGAAAAGAACCCAAAA